AGCAAGGGCACAAAGCAGAGAGACAACAACAAGAGCCACCAGUCAAAACAAAGAGGGAAGCGAACACCGGAGGAGAGACACUGUUGACCUUCAGCAGAGACGAUUUUCACUUCUUUUUUGUCUAAUUGAGCGCUUGUUCACUGCAAGACUUUAGACCCUUUUUUACAUACAUAUUUGCAGCAGCUUACUUAAAAUCUCAUCAUGAGAUUCUGUGCUUUAGCUGUGUGCUUAGUUUUGGGGAUAAGCAUUCAGGAUGGAUGGAGCAUUCCCCUCAAGUCCGUCUUUGUCACCUUCCCGGGAGAUGUCAUCAAAAACAUGACUGAUACGGAGCUGGCAGAAAGUUAUCUGAAAAGGUUUGGCUACAUGGACACGCUGAAACGCAGCGGCUUCCAGUCUAUGGUGUCUACCUCCAAGGCUGUGAAGAGGAUGCAGAGGCAGAUGGGGCUGGAGGAGACUGGAGAGCUGGAUCAGUCCACCCUGGCUGCCAUGAAGCAGCCUCGCUGUGGGGUUCCUGAUGUGGCCAACUACAAAACAUUUGAUGGCGACCUCAAAUGGGACCAUAACGAUGUCACUUAUAGGGUCUUGAACUAUUCUCCGGACAUGGAGAUUUCUCUGAUCGAUGACGCCUUCGCCAGAGCAUUCAAGGUGUGGAGUGACGUCACCCCUCUGACAUUCAAGCGCCUCAAUGAAGGCACAGCUGACAUCAUGAUUUCAUUCGGAAAAGCCGACCACGGAGACGGGUACCCGUUCGAUGGUAAGGACGGCCUCCUGGCCCACGCCUUCCCCCCCGGUGCUGGCGUGCAGGGAGACGCCCACUUUGACGACGACGAGUACUGGACUUUGGGGAACGGACCAGCUGUGAAGACUCGCUUUGGGAACGCGGAUGGAGCCAUGUGCCACUUCCCCUUCACCUUCGAGGGCAAAUCCUACACCACCUGCACCACUGACGGCCGCCAGGACAACCUGCCAUGGUGCGCCACCACGGCCGACUACGGCAGAGACAAGAAAUUCGGCUUCUGCCCGAGCGAACUUCUCUACACAUUUGGUGGAAACGCCGACGGAGCCUCGUGCGUCUUCCCCUUCAUCUUCCUGGAGAAAGAGUACAACAGCUGCACCACAGAGGGCCGCAGUGACGGUUACCGCUGGUGUGCCACCACGAGCAACUUUGACACCGACAAGAAAUUUGGAUUCUGUCCCAGCAGAGACACCACUACAAUCGGUGGAAACUCUGAAGGAGAUCCCUGCCGCUUCCCCUUUGUGUUCCUGGGUAAACAGUACGACGCCUGUACCAGUGAGGGAAGAGGAGAUGGCAAGUUGUGGUGCGCUACCACUGACAACUACGAUGAUGACAAGAAAUGGGGCUUCUGUCCUGACCGGGGUUACAGUCUGUUCCUGGUGGCAGCCCAUGAGUUCGGACAUGCCCUUGGCCUGGAUCACUCCAACAUCAGAGAGGCUCUCAUGUUCCCCAUGUAUAGCUAUGUGGAGGACUUCAAAUUGCAUGACGACGAUAUUGAGGGCAUCCAGUAUCUCUAUGGAGGCAGAACGGGCCCUGCUCCCACCGUUCCUCAGCCAAACCCCACCACUGACAUCUACCCAACCAUCGACGAGAACGACGCCACAGACAAGCCUGAACCCACUGAACCCACCCCCACUACCACCACACGACCUGUGGACCCGACCAAAGACGCCUGCAAGAUGACCAAAUUCGACACCAUCACUGUGAUUCAGGGAGAUCUGCAUUUCUUCAAGGACGGAAAUUACUGGAAGACGUCCAGCACGGGCGAUGCAGGAACCAAAGGACCAUUUGCAGUUUCUCAGAAGUGGCCAGCCCUGCCAGCAGUCAUCGACUCUGCCUUUGAGGACAUUCUGACCAAGAAACUGUACUUCUUCUCAGGGACCCGAUUCUGGGUGUACACAGGCCAGAGUGUUCUGGGUCCCCGCAGCAUUGAGAAGCUCGGCCUCCCCAGCAGCAUCCAGAAGGUGGAGGGAGCGCUGCAGAGGGGGAAGGGCAAAGUGCUGCUGUUCAGUGGCGAGAACUUCUGGAGGCUUGAUGUGAAAGCCCAGAAAAUUGACAGAGGGUACCCCAGAUUCACAGAUGCUGUCUUCGGUGGUGUCCCCACUGACGCCCAUGAUGUGUUCCAGUACAAAGGUCACUUCUACUUCUGCCGGGACCGCUUCUACUGGCGCAUGAACUCACGCAGGCAGGUGGAUCGUGUCGGCUACGUGAAAUACGACCUCCUCAAGUGCUCAGAUUCUUCAGGCUCUGGGUACUAAGGAGACGAACACACAGGGAUGAGCUGGAAAUCGUCUGUAAUGUGGGAGCAUUUAUUUAUCUCUCCUGGGAAAAUGAGAUGCAGUAUUUGUGUAUAGCACCUGUUGUAUGUUUGUGCUUUCUGGGAUGUGAAUAAGUGGCCACCACUGUUCAAAAACAUACAGCAUUGGCUUAAAAUUAAGUCAAAGGCCCAAAAAGAGAGCAAGACACAGCCCUGCUCUCAGUCCCAUCGUCUGUGAAUUUAUUAUGGUGGUCUAAAAUUUCAGAGCCAUAAACACAAUUAAAAUAUUCUUAAAAACUAUCUGGAUCAGAUUCCAGAUCUAUAAUUUCUUUAUGUCUGACGGGUUCAGACUUUGAACAGUAUUGGAUUAUUUUGGUAUUUAUAGCAAUUAUCUUAACAUUAUUAUUAUUAUUAUUAUUAUUGUGUCCACAGGCUUGUUUGUUUUGUAUAAUUCUGUGUGUAUUUCUAACUAUGGCUUUUAAAGCCAAUUACUUGCACUGGAAGACAAUGCAUGUCUCCUUCACUGAAAUUAUUUAUGUGACUGAUGUGUUUUGUAUUAAAGUUUUAACUUUCAAUGCAAUAAACAUUCCAUGAGAACUACC